AUGAGCAGUGCUGUGUUGGUGCCGCGCCUCCCAGACCCCAGCAGCAGCUUCCACGAGGAUGCCCCCCGGCCCCCGGUCCCGGGGGAAGAAGGAGAGACCCCGCCGUGCCAGCCCGGGGUAGGAAAGGGCCAGGUCACCAAACCCAUGCCUGUGUCCUCCAACGCCAGGCGGAACGAGGAUGGGUUGGGGGAGCCCGAGGGGCGGGCGUCCCCGGAUUCCCCUCUGACCAGGUGGACCAAGUCUUUGCACUGCUUGUUGGGCGAUCAAGAUGGUGCUUAUCUCUUCCGCACUUUCCUGGAAAGGGACAAAUGCGUGGAUACCUUAGACUUCUGGUUUGCCUGCAAUGGAUUCAGGCAGAUGAACCUGAAGGAUACCAAAACUUUACGGGUAGCCAAAGCGAUCUACAAAAGGUACAUUGAGAACAACAGCAUCGUCUCCAAGCAGCUGAAACCUGCCACCAAAACCUACAUAAGAGACGGCAUCAAGAAGCAGCAGAUUGAUUCCAUCAUGUUUGACCAGGCACAGACUGAGAUCCAGUCGGUGAUGGAGGAAAAUGCCUACCAGAUGUUUUUGACUUCUGAUAUAUACCUCGAAUACGUGAGGAGUGGGGGAGAAAACACAGCUUUCAUGAGUAACGGGGGACUGGGGAGCCUCAAGGUCGUGUGUGGCUAUCUCCCCACCUUGAACGAGGAAGAGGAGUGGGCUUGUGCUGACUUCAAGUGCAAACUGUCACCCACUGUGGUUGGCUUGUCCAGCAAAACCCUGAGGGCUACAGCGAACGUGAGGUCCACCGAGGCUGUUGAAAAUGGAUACAGGUCCUUCAAGAGGAGCGAUCCUGUUAAUCCAUACCAUGUAGGUUCUGGCUAUGUCUUUGCGCCAGCUACCAGCGCCAACGAUAGCGAGAUAUCCAGCGAUGCACUGACUGAUGAUUCCAUGUCCAUGACGGACAGUAGCGUAGAUGGAAUCCCUCCUUACCGUGUGGGGAGUAAGAAACAGCUCCAGAGAGAAAUGCAUCGCAGUGUGAAGGCCAAUGGCCAAGUGUCUCUACCUCAUUUCCCGAGAACCCACCGCCUGCCCAAGGAGAUGACCCCCGUGGAGCCCGCCACCUUCGCGGCCGAGCUCAUCUCCAGGCUCGAGAAGCUGAAGCUGGAGCUGGAGAGCCGCCACAGCCUGGAGGAGCGCCUGCAGCAGAUCCGAGAGGAUGAAGAGAAGGAGGCCUCCGAGCUGGCGCUGAGCCCCAGGGACGGGGGGCCUGCCCCGCACCCCCUCUCUCUCCUGCCCUCUGGCAGCUACGAGGAGGACCCGCAGACCAUUCUGGACGACCACCUGUCCAGGGUCCUCAAGACCCCCGGCUGCCAGUCUCCAGGCGUGGGCCGCUACAGCCCCCGCUCCCGCUCCCCCGACCACCACCACCACCACCAGCAGCAGCAGUACCACCCCCUGCUCCCGCCCGGGGGCAAGUUGCCCCCCGUGGCAGCCCCACAGGCCGGUUGCCCCCUCCUCGGAGCCAGGGGCUUCGUGACCAAGCAGACGACGAAGCAUGUCCACCACCACUACAUCCACCACCACGGCCUCCCCAAGACCAGGGAGGAGAUGGAGGCAGAGGCCGCACAGAGGGUGCGCUGCUUCUGUCCCGGGGGCGCUGGCUAUUACUGCUACUCAAAGUGCAGGAGCCACCCCAAGGCUCUGGAGCCCGUGCAGGCCGAGCAGUUUGGCAACAGAGGCAGUGCCCUGCCCAAGCGAAAUGGGAAAAGCGUGGAGCCGGGCCUGGCCCUGCCCGCCAGGGAAGGAGGGGCCCCCGGCGGAGCCGGGGCCCUGCAGCUUCCCGGGGAGGAAGGAGACAGGUCGCAGGAUGUCUGGCAGUGGAUGCUGGAGAGCGAGCGGCAGAGCAAACCCAAGCCCCCUAGUGCCCAAAGCACAAAAAAGGCUUACCCCUUGGAGUCCGCCCGUGCGUCCCCAGCCGAGCGAGCCGGCCGGCACCACCUGCUGGGGGGCAGCAACGGGCACCCCCGCUCUGCCCCCCGAGCCCACCCGUUCACCCAGGACCCUGCGAUGCCUCCCCUGGCCCCGCCCAACACGCUGGCACAGCUGGAGGAGGCCUGCCGCCGGCUGGCUGAGGUGUCCAAGCCCCCGAAGCAGCGAUGCUGUGCAGGCGGUCAGCAGAGGGACAGGAACCACUCGGCCACCGGUCAGACGGGAGCCGCGCCCUUCUCCAACCCCAGCGUGGCUUCCGAAGAUCACAAAGAGCCAAAGAAGCUGGCGGGGGUCCACGCACUCCAGGCCAGCGAGUUGGUCGUCACAUACUUUUUCUGUGGAGAAGAAAUUCCAUACAGGAGGAUGCUGAAGGCUCAGAGCUUGACCCUGGGCCACUUUAAAGAGCAGCUCAGCAAAAAGGGAAAUUAUAGACACAAGGUGAAACUAAUUACACAAGUGUGCCCCUCCAGGGAUUCAUUUUGAGCUCAGCUUUGACUCGGCUGGACUUUGAGUGGAACUGCAGGUAUUACUUCAAAAAAGCAAGCGACGAGUUUGCCUGUGGAGCUGUGUUUGAGGAGAUCUGGGACGAUGAGGCGGUGCUCCCCAUGUACGAAGGCAGGAUUCUGGGGAAGGUGGAGAGGAUCGACUGAGCCUCGGGGGUCGGGCCCCGGCGCAGGUGCGGGGCCACCGCCCGCGCCACCGGCCUUGGCCGUGACGGACCGCGACGAGACAUUUUGAAGGAAAACUAAACCAAUGAAGAAGACAAAAAGCUCGGGAAGAAUUGGCCACCGGCCACGUGGGGAGGGUGGGGAGGGCGGGGAGGUUGGUUUUCAUUAUUCACGAGCUGGGUACUGAGAUAAGAAAAGCCUGAACUAUUUAUUAAAAACAUGACCACUCUUGGCUAUUGAAGAUGCUGACUGUAUUUGAGAGACUGCCAUACAUAAUAUAUGACCGCCUAGGGAUCUGAAAUCCAUAAACUAAGAGAAACUGUGUAUAGCUUACCUGAACAGGAAUCCUUACUGCUAUUUAUUGAACAAUUGAUUCCCCACCCCCGUCCCCAGUUUAUGGAUAUGCUGCUUUAAACACGGUAGGGGGAGAGGGGAAGUUUUAAUUGUCCUGUCCAAACUUGGGAGUUGAGCUAGGGGCGCAUUAAUGAUUUCUUCAUUAAAAGGGGAAUUAAUUAUGCUUUGCCCUGCAUUUCUCCAAGUGAAGAUAGACUUUAAAAUGGUGCCCUACCAUUGACACACGCAGAAAAUUGGUGCAUUUUUUUUUUUCCUAUGCUGCUCUAUUUUGUCAUAAAGGUCUUGAGGAGUGAUUUAUGUUGCAACAUCACCGCCAUUUGGGGUCAUCGUGUGGGAUGGGAUCCAUUGUGGGGUGGGAGGGAGCCUCCUUUUGGGGACCCCAGAUUUCCUCAGUAACUCCUAACUCCCCACCAAGGCCCAGUUCCCAGUGGCUGAGGCCCGCCAGAACCUUGGAGUUCAACUCGUGCUUGCAUUGAAACAACUCCUUGGAGUUUUGGUUGGUUGCUUGGUUGGUUGGUUUUUUUAACUAGUCUUUGGACCACCGCUGUUCUGGAAGCAACCACCCCUCCCCCCUUGCCCUGCAAAGAAGCGGACAGUUGUGGGAAGACCUAGCAGCACCCUUUCCUCCAGACACCUCCAUUUUGACGUUCGGGUUUUCGUGUUAAGUUAAUCUGUACAUUCUGUUUUGGCCAUUGUUACCUGUACUAUACGUCUGUAUAUAUUGUACAACAGAAGAGUAUUAAUCCACUAUCUCUAGUGCUUGACUUGAAAUCAGUACAGUACCUGUACCUGCACGGUGUGCCGCUCCGUGUGUCGCCCUAUAUUGAGGGCUCCAACUUUCCCUUGUUUUUUGAAAGGGGUUUAUGUAUAAAUAUAUUUUAUGCCUUUUUACUACAAGUCUUGUACUCAAUGACUUUUGCCAUGGCAUUUUGUUCUACUUAUACUGUAAAUUAUGCAUUAUAAAGAGUUCAUUUAAGGAAAAUUACUUGGUACAAUAAUUAUUGUAAUUAAGAGAUGUAGCCUUUA